GCCCCGUAUCCCAACAGGAAAGAUAUAAACUGUCUCCUUAAGAGUACCUGGAGCAAUUGGUUUCAUAUAUGAGCCUGACUGGAGAUUCAUAAAGCAGCAAGGUAUUGCAGCGGCCCAAGCCAGAAGGAUGAAGAUAAGCUUCAGCUUGGGCAGAAUCUCGUUCGGUGGAAGCCUUGUCUUCAUCUUGGCCAUGACUUUACUUUUCACAGGUGUGAUAUCCAUGAGCAUUCAAGUGCCUCUCGGGGAAGCUGUUGCUGUAACCCCAACUGUGGCCAAUGGAUCAGGAGCAGAGAAAUACAAGCUCAAACCCAACGAGGUGGAAGUCGAUUCCAACGAGAUGGACUUGACUGAAGGUGAUGACUCCUGGGAUGAUAUUGGAGCUAUUAUACCCAACCUGGAAGACCUGGACUCCCCACAAGAUAACAGAACAGAGGGAGUCAAUAAGGAGCAAGGAAUUACUGUGUGGGGAUCUCUAAGCACCUCAAAGCCCAGCAUUGCUGAAGAAGAAAAUCUGAAGAUGAUUGCAGAUGAGGAGGAAGAUUCUCUGACCCUAUUAAAUCUCCGUGUUAAAAGAGCCGUUGAAGAAGAUUAUGGGGCUGGUGAAUCAGAGACCAUCCUUAAUGAGGAUGAGUUUUCCUUUUCUGAUUUGCCCAAGAUUUUUGAGCCUUUAAUAAAGGCUUUCUCUGGCUCCCCAACAUCUGAGCCUCCUUCACCAGAGGUUUUUUUCUCUUGGUUUCCUUCUCUAAAGGAGCUACUGGAUCCCCCAAGGGAGGAACCUGCUUCAGUCACCAGUUCACCAAGGAGGAGCAUCACACCACCACCAAGAAGAUCUGCUCUCCCUACUUCGUUAGAGCCGUCUCUGCAGAUGGCCCCUGCCAUCCCUUCUGCUCAACCAAAUGAAGCAGAGAGCCUUCCCUUCCCCUCUUCACUGGAGGAAUCCAUCACUUCUAUUAUUCCAACUCUCCCUACCCCACCUCAAACGAGUGAGCCUUCUCUCUCGGAUGUCUCAGACUCUGAAGAGAGAUUUAAUUGAUCAGAAAUAUAAUCUUGAUCAGGAAUAGCUAAGCUUACCUUUUCUUCUUGUUUUUCCUGGAGAUUGAAAAAAAUAAAGACCCCGUUAAGGAAGAUUGUAGGGUGGUGAAAGAAACACCAUCCUUGAUCUUUUGCUUUUACUUUUAAAGGGAUCUGAACAAAGCACAAUGUAUGCGGUGGUGGGAUUCAAAUAUGUGAACAACCGGUUCUCUGUGUGGAUGCCGCUUCCAGAAGUCCAUUCUGGGCCUGGGCAACAAAAAUUAGCUACCGGUUCUGCCGAAGUGGCGUGAACUGACUGAAUCCCACCACUGAAUAUAUGCUUCGAUUUUUUUUGGGGGGGGGAAGGGAAGGAAAUAUGAUCUUGUAUACAUAGCAAUCCUUUUGAAUUUUCUUUCUACUAAGGUUGGAAAUGCCCCUUUGAUGAGUACUGUUAUGAAAAUAAAGUAACUCUAUAUUUCAGGUA